GCCGAUAUGGUGAACGGGAUUAAGAGGAGGUUAAAGACUCAAAAACGAAAGGUAGAGGCUUGCUAUGACGAUGAAGCUACUGACGUGCCUUGGCAACGACGGAAAUUAGGAGAUGUUAGUGAAAACCUUAUCGUAAGCCAAGAGAGCCAUAGAACGAACGAUUCAAGUAGUAAUAAAUUCGGAAUCGUUGUUACAGAUCGGAUGGUUCUACCCACUCGUGAAUUCUUAGCCUAUGAACUCAUUGUUGCACUUCGUGCUAAGCAAUUCGUUAUUGUAGAGGGUCCGAUUGGUUGUGGGAAGACUUUUAUUGCCUCGUAUGCAAGUAAACAUCUCAGUUUACCGUUGAGAGUCAUGCAAAUGGGCGAUCAGAUUGACUCGAAGGUCUCAUUCUCCCAAUAUUUCUUCUGCAGAGUUUGUUUGGCAUGUACCACUGCACAGAAGUCGCUGGAGAAUUUUUGUGGAAACCGUCCAGCUUUAGUCAGGUUUGUUGCAGUUUUCUUCGAAGUGAUUUUUGACUUUCCUUUUCAAAUCAAAUGCUUUCAGUGGCUUAGCGAAGCUUGUUUGAUACUACUAGAAGAUAUCGACCUAUCCAAUGUUGAUGUCAUCUCCACUGUUGUGCAGCUGGCAUCCAUCAGAUCAGGAAUGCUUCCUUCUGGUGAGAUUCUUACUAUCCAUGAGGACGUUCGUAUUGUGUCGACAGUAAGGUACACAUUGCCCUGCUCACUGUCGCUUCAUUUCAUUGAAUUGUUUGCUACUGUGGUUUUCCUCAUGUUGCAAGUGUUGUGGUGGUUUUCAGCGGCAGAGGAAGGAAUAACAGUGUGCUGGAUGGUGUUCCGGUGCGAAUAA